CAAUUCCGCAUGCUAGCAUGUCCGGCUAAAUUUCAAGUUGGAAUGCAAGAGGAAUGCAUAUAUUUUGAUCAAUCGCUUAGCUCUGAUUUAUUCCAAUAAAUGAUCUAUUACCAAAAGCAUGUUGACUUGCCAAUUUUAUUAGUUAUAGGUUCAGAUCCUCUAUUCGUCUUUCCUAGAAAAGCGAUCUAACGUUAUGCUUGCCAGAAUAUACUGACGCCUACCAUUAUGCUUGUUUACACUGAGCUGCACUGGGGUCGGAACGCAAUCAUGGUUACAUUAAAAGCCUAUUUAUUCUUGAUCUGUCAAUGCCACCAGGAGGCUCCAUGUGGAGGUUAUGAUGCAAAAUUGCAGAGCCUUUGGAGGCUUGAAAAUGCCAAAUCUAGCCCCAUAUGGCAAUACAUACGGCUCAACAUAUUUUCAUGUAGCCAGUGCUUAAUACUGUCGGGAGCUGAGUAGUGAAAGGGGGGAUACCUAGUCAGUUGUCCAACUGAAUGUAUCUUCCACAUUUAACCCAGAGAGGUGCAGGGGGCUGCCUUAAUCAAUGUCUUCAGGACAUGGGGAACAUUGGUUUAACUGCUUUGUUCAGAAGGACAGAUUUGUACCUUGUCAGCUCAAGGAUUCGAUCCAGCAACCUUCCUGUUCCUGGCCCAACGCUCUAACCACGAGGCUACCCACUAGUACUGGCAACUCACAUUUUAUACUGCUUGAGCUCCUGUUCCUCUUAUAGAAUAUUAGCUUAAAAGUAUUGUAGAGGUGCUGCACAUAAAUAUAAACCGUACCGGCACCAAAAUUGAGUACCGGCACCUAUUUCAGUCCAAGUCAAGCACUGCAUAUUGCUCCACAAUGGCAUGAUUGGUUGAUGGUAGGUGGGGGGCAGUUCAUCCUGUAUAAACACAAACUCGCUUACUUCACAAAAAAACAUGGAGAACUUUGACGAAAGACUAUCAGAACAAAUUCACCAAUAUAAUACAUCUUUAUGUAGGGAUUUCAAAGACACAAAAAUAAGUUUGAACUCCUAGAAAGACAUUGUGGAGGAAGCUCCCGAGUGGCGCAGCAGUCUAAGGCACUGCAUCUCAGUGCAAGCGGCAUCACUACAGUGCCUGGUUUGAAUCCAGGCUGUAUCACAUCUGUCCGUAAUUGGGCGGCACACAUAUUGCCCAGCGUCGCCGGGGUAGGCCGUCAUUGUAAAUUAGAUUUUGUUCUUAACUGACUUGCCUAGUUAAAUCAAGGUUAAAAAUAAAUAAUAAUAGGAAUAAAGUUGAAGUUGGAAGUUUACAUACACUGAGGUUGGAGUCAUUAAAACUCAUUUUUCAACCACUCCACAAAUGUCUUGUUAACAAACUAUAGUUUUGGCAUGACACAAGUCAUUUUUCCAACAUUUGUUAACAGACAGAUUAUUUCACUUAUAAUUCACUGUAUCACAAUUCCAGUUGGUCAGAAGUUUACAUACACUAAGUUGACUGUGCCUUUAAACAGCUUGGAAAAUUCCAGAAAAUUAUGUCAUGGCUUUAGAAGCUUCGGAUAGGCUAAUUGACAUCAUUUGAGUCAAUUGUAGGUGUACCUGUGGAUGUAUUUCAAGGACUACCUUCAAACUCAGUGCCUCUUUGCGUGACAUCAUGGGAAAAUCAAAGGAAUCAGUCAAGACCUCAGAAAAACAAUUGUAGACCUCCACAAGUCUCGUUCAUCCUUGGGAGCAAUUCCCAAAUGCUUGAAGGUACCACUUUCAUCUGUACAAACAAUAGUACGCAAGUUUAAACACCAUGGGACCACGCAGCCAUCAAACCGCUCAGGAAGGAGAAGCGUUAUGUCUGCUAGAGGUGAACGUACUUUAGUGCGAAAAGUGAAAUCAAUCCCAGAAUAACAGCAAAGGACCUUGUGAAGAUGCUGGAGGAAACAGGUACAAAAGUAUCUAUAUCCACAGUAAAACGAGUCCUAUAUCGACAUAAUCUGAAAGGCUGUUCAGCAAGGAAGAAGCCACUGCUCCAAAAUCGCCAUAAAAAAGCCAGACUACGGUUUGCAACUACACAUGGAGAAAUGUCCUCUGGUCUGAUGAAACAAAAAUAGAACUGUUUGGCCAUAAUGACCAUCGUUAUGUUUGGAGGAAAAAGGGGGAGGCUUGCAAGCUGAACAACACCAUCCCAACCGUGAAGCACGGGGGUGGCAGCAUGAUGUUGUGGGGGUGCUUUGCUGCAGGAGGGACUAGUGCACUUCACUAAAUAUAUGGCAUCAUGAGGCAGGGAAAUUAUGUGGAUAUAUUGAAGCAACAUCUCAAGACAUCAGUCAGGAAGUUAAAGCUUGGUCACAAAUGGGUCUUCCAAAUGGUCAAUGACCCCAAGCAUACUUCCAAAGUUGUGGCAAAAUGGCUAAAGGACAACAAAGGCAAGGUAUUGGAGUGGCCAUCACAAAGCCCUGACCUCAAGCCUAUAAAAAAAAUUGUGUUCAAACUGAAAAAAGUGUGUGUGAGCAAGGAGGCCUACAAGCCUGACUCAGUUCCACCUCUGUCAAGAGGAAUGGGCCAAAAUUCACCCAACUUAUUGUGGGAAGCUUUUGGAAGGCUACCCAAAACGUUUGACCCAAGUUAAACAAUUUAAAGGCAAUCCUACCAAAUACUAAUUGAUUGUAUGUAAACUUCUGACCCACUGGGAAUGUGAUGAAAUAAAUAAAAUCUGAAAUAAAUCAUUCUCUCUACUAUUAUUCUGACGUUUCACAUUCUUAAAAUAAACUGGUGAUCCUAACUGACCUAAAACAGGGAAUUUUUACAAGGAUUAAAUGUCAGGAAUUGUGAAAAACUGAGUUUAAAUAUAUUUGGCUAAGGUGUAUGUAAACUUCCGACUUCAACUGUAGAUGCAGUAAAGAGGUCAAUGGAAUGCAGACCGUGGGGGAUAGAAGGGCAAUGGAUUGGCCCACAUUCAACAAAUCUGAACUAAGUGAAUAUUUGUCAAAUCCGUCAUGAUUGAUGUAUUGUAACAGGCCCAUAAUGUGGGUACUAAAUUCCCAAUUUGGAUAUAUUUUGCUGUUUUCGCUGCAUAACAUUUAGAAGUUGUUCAUUUUCAGGUUUAGAAAAAGUGACUAGUAAAUGCUAACUCCCGUUUGUAUAAGCAGGUUAGCAUAGCUAGCACACAGAAAUUGGUGGUGUAGUCAAAGUCGUUUUAAACUGUAAUGCAGUUGAUUGAUGACAUGAACAUGUAUUGGGGUUGACCUCCAUACAAACAUAUAGUGUGAAAUACACAUAAACAACAGCCUAAAUGUAGGCUGAUUUUGCUGGGGGGCAAUGAGGAGAUUCGGGAUGGAGAUUCAGGUGGAAAACGGUGCAUCCUUUUUACUUCAUGCUAUUUUGGCUGAGCUAUGUCAAGCACCGGGAAACGGACUCCAACAACUCAGAAGAGCCUUAAACCUGUGCCAGAACCGUGAAAUCUGAUGUUCCAAAAUGCCUCAUAAACUCCUCAAGUUACUCCUGGGAAGUUACCAGUGGCUGGCCAGUUACUGGCCCGUCCUUAUGCCGAGGGGAAUCCGCCUGUACACAUUUGAACAGAUCCCGUUAUUCAUGAAAGAAAACCCUUACAUUACAGAUGGAUACAGAGCCCGUUUACAAUCCAAACUUUGUUUAAAAAGCAUCUUUGUGCUGUCCAAUGAAACAGUCAACAUAUGGACUCAUCUGUUGGGCUUCCUCCUGUUCUUCCUACUGGGGGUGAAUGACAUGUCUACAGUCCUGCCAGGUUCAGGUGCCAACAGAGAAGACUAUGUCAUCUAUUGCAUAGCGCUCUUCUGCUUUCAGGUGUGCAUGCUGUGUUCUGCAGGGUAUCACAUGUUCUCCUGCCACCUCUCAGAGAAGACGUGUCACCGCUGGUUGGCGCUGGACUUCGUUGGAAUCUCUGUGGGAAUCCUGGGCUGUUACAUUCCAGGGGUCUUCUAUGCCUUCUACUGCAUCACUUUCUGGAGACAGGUGUACCUGGUGACUGCUCUAGCGUUGAUAUUGGCCGUGUUCUUAGCUCAGAUCCACCCUCACUACCACUCUAAGGAGUGGCGACACCAGCGUACUGCCCUCUUCUGCUCCGUGGCUGGCUACGGGAUCAUCCCCGCCGGCCACUGGGUCUGGCUCAAUGAAGGCCUCGGCUCAGCUGUCGUCCAGUUGUUCCUCCCUCGUGUGAUUGUGAUGUAUUUGAUAGCUGGAGCUGCGUUCCUCUUCUACAUCUCUAAAAUCCCAGAACGCUGCUUCCCAGGUCAACUGAACUAUCUGGGUGCCAGCCACCAGGUGUGGCAUGUCCUUGUGGUGUUUUUGCUCUACUGGUGGCACCAGACUGCAGUAUAUAUAAUGAAAUUCAGGCACAGCCAGCCCUGCCCUCCUUUCUACACCCAGCCUGGUCUCAUAGACUAGACGUAACAUAGUAAAAGUAAAUCCGGGACACUCAAAUUAGUAUGAUAUGUUACGUUUGGUAUGGGUGGUUGGUCGAGGUGGAUGGGUGGGUGAAUGUCUAGCUAUCCAAAAGGUUUUGUGUUCAAAUCUCGUCACUGACAACUUUAGCAACUUUUCAACUACUUACAACUUUUGAGCUACUUUGAAACUACUUAGCAUGUUAGCUAACCCUUCCCCUAACUCUUUUAGCCAGCCCUUCCCCUAACUUGAACCCUUUAACCUAACUCCGAACCUUAACCCGUAACCCUAAACUAGCUAACAUUAGCCAGCUAGCUAACGUUGGGUACAACGAAUUGGUAUUCGUAACAUAUCAUACGUAUUGCAAAUUCGUAGCAUAUUGCACAUUUACAGAUUCAUAACAAAUUGUACAUUUAGCAAAUUCUUAACAUAUCAUCCAAAUUGUAAUUCAUAACUUAUCAUACGAAGUGGAUGAUGACAUCCACAAAUGAAUACAUACAAUACGAAACGUAACAUAUCAUUCUAAAUGAAGUGUCUCAGAAUUACGUACAGAAUAAUACAAAUUGCUGAGAGACCAGGUUGCUACACAAGCAGUGACUAGAGCCUUAAGCUGGCCCAGCCACCGACUGAGCAACAACCGCCUGUACUGUAGCCACUCGAUGCAAUUAAACCAGACUACAGACCUCUAGAAUUCUAUCAUACAGAUGCCCAGUCAAGCAGACAAGAGCAUAGCCUCCCUACCAGAAAAUCUAUAACCGCACCGUUAGACCUUGCAGAUGUCUGUAGAAAGAGCGAACGAGUAAAAGAGUGAAACCAUCUCUCUGGUUUUAAGGAUUGCGAUUGGUGGUAUGCAAUCGUAUGUGCUUUCUGCUGAGACUUCUGUAAGGCCAGGUUAUAAGAAGGAAAGACAUGUCAGUCAUAGCCUGGUCGCAGGUCUGGGAAGCAAGAUGGCACAAACAGACCUGGGACCAGUCUUGGUGAAGUCACUAGGACACACAGUACAGCUUCAACUGAACAUAUUCUGUGAUUCUCCGAUUAUCUUUUCGUAUUCAAGAUAGUUUUUUUAACCUGAUUUGUAUCUAUUAAUUUGCAUGUAAGCUACUGUUUGAAUGUUACAUGCUGUGAAAUGGUACUUCUUGAAAUGCUUUCUUGAGCACAUGGGCCUUUACAAGGGUUAUGUGCAAUCUAGAAUAUAUAUCCUUUGGAAACCGAACAUAGAGCCUAUGUUCAGUUAUUUUUGCCUGCGUAGUUAUCUUACUGUAUUUAAUUAAUGGUGGGAUUGAGUAGUUAUCUUACUGUAUUUCAUUAAUGGUGGGGUUGAGUAGUUAUCUUACUGUAUUUCAUUAAUGGUGGGAUUGAGUAGUUAUCUUACUGUAUUUCAUUAAUGGUGGGGCUGAGUAGUUAUCUUACUGUAUUUCAUUAAUGGUGGGGCUGAGUAGUUAUCUUACUGUAUUUCAUUAAUGGUGGGGUUACUUUUAGUAUUAGUGGUCAACUGACCCCCUUCCUCUCACAAUCCACUUGAAUCUAAGGGCUGAUUCAGGAACUGUUUAGAGAGUUGGUUACAUUUAAACAUAAACCCAAUUAAAUAGAUUGGGAGUAAAUGACCCUUGCUUUAAUUUGUUUGUUAAUAGACUAUUUAUGAAUCCGUCCCUCUAGUCACUUACUAUAUAACCUAGCGUAGCGACAUAAAAUAAACACCUGAGUAGGAUACCCCACAUUCUGGUCCUGAGUAUUAUUUUUUUUUUUUAUAUAACUUGUGGGAGGUUCUGUUCUGCACUGUUCAACCAAUCCAGUAAAUGUGAAGGAGUUAAGAUGGAGCGUCGCGUUUUUAAGGGUCCAAAAGCUGAAGUCGCGUCACAGGCUCUUCCAUUUCCACUGAAAACCGGUUGCACCCAGUUUUUGCAACCCCGCUGAUGGUGUUUACUAUAUACUGUACAUGGGUGUGUGAACAACUGCAUAAGAACAAAUACUUUAGAGGCCAGUAUUAUCUAUUGUAUGACUAAUACUGUAUGGUUUUACAAUCACAUUACUGACAGGUCUAUCUAUGCACAAUAUGGUGUCCUGUAGAUCACAGGUGGCUGGUGGCACCUUAAUUGGGGAGGGGGGUGAGCUUAUAGUAAUGGCUGGAAUUGAUUUGAUGGAAUGAUACAAGUGUUUUAAUACCAUUGUUAUGAGCCGUCCUCCCCUCACCAACCUCCUGUAUUGUAGAUCUACUGUGUAGCUAAUACCCAUAGAGGUCAUUCGACCUUGUCAGAUAAUGAUGCUCAGAACAUAUCACAGCCGUUAAAGGCCCACUAUGACAUUCACAGCCUGUAAUGACUGUUCGUUAGCCUUGUUUGUAAAUUAGCUUUUGUUUCAAGUAUGCCUUUAUUUCACUGUAUUUUUCCUGGUUGCUAUAAUGUCAGUCUUUGGUUGUCCAACAUUUGUUUUUCCAUUCAUUUAGGCAUUACUGAUGGACUUACUUUUGAAUGCUGGAAUGCACUGACUAAAGGGGCACAUUGUUUUAAUCUAUCUGUAAUAUGACAUGUCUCGAGUAUUAUAAAUUAAUAAAGAAUGCCUAAAAGGAA